GACUUCCUACGUACCUGACUGCUUACCCACACAGGCAACAAAUCAAUCACAACAAACACGGCCAGCUUUAGUAAACUUUCACCUCUCAGCUAUGCUGUUCUCCUGCUGCUUUUCUUCCUCCCAGCUUGAGUUAAGUUUACUGACUGCCCACAUUUAAUAGGAUUGCCACAGAAAACCACUGUGCCCAGUGUACAGGCAAAGGGGACAAACAAGGAUAAUAAAAAGAAGAGACUGAACAACAAUAGAUAGAGCCAGGAGGAGGGGGCUAAAGAUCAAGCUGGAAAUAUGGAACCACUUAGGCCCUGAGAGCGCACCCUAUAAAGGGUUAAAGAUGGCUACGGGAUAAGUGGAGCUCGUUUAUCGCAAAUUUGACAGUGGUAGUUAAAUGGUGAGUUUCCCUCCGAGCUGCCAGUCUGGAAAAGCAGACAAGGCUCUCUGCUCUCCACACCUCCGGUCUUUCCCCACUCUCCGUGCUCUCCUUUCGUUGUUUAGGGCCGCCUGUCUCCUCAUCUCAGCCCUUAAAUCCCCCUCGUGAGACAGGACAAAGAAGAAGAGGAUUUUUUCAUUUGUCUCUCUUCUCGCACCUCUACACUCUCAUUUUUUAUCGCUGCAUUGGGCCCUGCAAGACUAUCUUCUCCACUUCAUCUCCAUCCAUCCCAUCCUCUUUUAAACACCCUUCGUCUUUGCACCCUUUCCCCCCACUCCUGUCUCUUUCUGUCCCUCGCUGUGGAACUAAAAUCCUCAACCUGCCACCCCUGGAGUGCUCGCAGAUGUCCACAGCCUGGCGCUGAAGCGGGCGCUUGCCAGCAGCCCAGAUGCAUCUGCGACUCGUUGCCAUUGUGAUGUCCUUCCUAUGUGAGGUGAUCAAAAUGGGGUCCGGCGUGGUGCAGAAGCAAAGCGCUCACAGAGAGACAUCAGAGGACUGUCGGAGCUGUCUGGAGUGUUCCCGUGACAACGGCUGCGUGCGUUGCCCCGAGCGACUCUUCCUGUUCCUGCAGAGGGAGGGGAUGUCUCACCAUGGAACUUGUCUCCACGCCUGCCCUGCUGGACACUAUGGACAAAGAGGGAAGGACAUCAACCGCUGCAUGAAGUGUCGCUCUUUGGACUGUGAGCACUGUUUCAGCCGGGACUUCUGCACCAAGUGUAAGCCGGGCUUCCAGCUGUACAAAGGCAAGUGUCUGACCCGCUGCCCAGGAGGAACCUUCGUCCACCAGACAGACUGCGUCGAGGACUGUCUCCUGGCUCCGUUGGGGGAGUGGAGCGACUGGAGUGUCUGUCUCCGUGACGGCUUCCCCUGUGGCUUCAGGUGGGGCAAGCAGACCAGGACCCGGGGGGGCAGGCAGCCCGGGAAAGCGCCGGAAGAGAAAGCGGCAUCGUUCUGCCCGUCCCACAGCGAGACACAGAGGUGCAGGAUGAAGAAAAGGUGUCCUACAGAAAGAAGAACUAAUAAAAAAGGAGGAUUUGGAAGGAAGAAGGAGAAAAAACAACAGCUGCUCGCCAACGACGACGUCGGCAACUCGCCAAACGGAACGGCAGGCGGCGCCAGCGAGCACGAAGGUCACUGGAGCGACGAGACGGACGCACAGCUCAACGCCACACCUGACACGUGCUGGAACAUGACGUCAGCGGGGGCUCUGUAACCCGGGACCACGUCAGUGGUUCUGCACAACCUUAAUUAACACGCACUGCCAUUCACCACAAGCUUGUUUACUGGAAAAAUGAACAAAUAACUUGAUAAUACGACAAAGAAAUUCUUAGGCUAUGUGCC